AUGAGAAAGAAAAUAGAGAAAACAAAAAAAAGUAUUUAUCUUUAUCAAACUUUAGAACCUUGGACUGAUUAUGAGGAUUCACAAGUUAUAUAGUUAGUUGAAUUGCAUGGUCCUCAUAAAUGGACUUUUAUUGCUUCAAAAUUACCAGGAAGAAUAGGGAAGUAAUGCAGAGAAAGGUAAUAAUCCUAUUUUAAAAAUGAAUAGAUGGCAUAACCAUUUGAAUCCACUAAUUAAAAAACAACCUUGGGAUCCUGAUGAAGAAUGGAUACUGUUUUUAUAUCAUAGAGCAAUUAGUAAUAAAUGGGCAGAAAUUGCUAAACAUUUAGAAGGAAGAACAGAUAAUGCAAUAAAAAAUCAUUGGAAUUCAGGUAUGAAGAAGAGAAUUUCAGAAUUCAAUGAUAAACUAUAGAAUAUUAAAUAAUAGUUUGUUCUAAAAGGGUUGUAUUUUAUAAUUUUAUGAAGAAAGACCUUCUUAUUUUGAUCAGUUUCAGAUUGAAUUUGAAAAAAAGGCUCUUGAAAUCAUUUUUUUAAAUAAAACUUAUGUUAGUUUGUUAACUGAUUCAGAGGAUGAAAAGGAAGAACCUAAAAAAUAACCAGUCUUUCAAAGCAAAUAGAGCACUGCUUUAAGAAAGCAGCAUUAUGUAAUUUUGAUUAUUUAUGAAAGAAUGAUUCAAAAAUCAAAACAAUUCUCAAGCAUCCUAGAAGAAAUCGAAUGCAUAAAAAAUAUCUUCUUUUCAAAAAGUAGCAAAGGGAUGGUGUUAAUUCAAAUAAAUAACAUAUACUACAAUGGACUUAAACUCCUUAAAAAUAUGAAAAGUAAAUAAUAUUCCUAUAUUAAAUUAAGUGAUGAUUAUUAUUACACACCUGCAGCAUUUAAUAAAUAAAGAAGAUUGAGCCAUAGCAGUUUUAAAUAUAGUUAACAAUAAAGCUAUGUAUUACAAUAUUCAAAUAAUAUAGUUUAAUGAAUCCUUUAUGGAAAGAGAGGAACUCAAAUAGAAUCUAUUCCUCUGA